AUAGCAGUAGGGUCGUCGAGAGAACACUGCACGGACGAGCGCGACGCCCGGGGGACCACCUCGCAUCGAUAUAUCAUUGUACCGGCGGCACGGUCAGUAGUCAUCGCGAGUUGACGACGAGUAGUGCUCGUCGAAUCCCCGACUAUAGCGAUUACAGACACAACAACCGUCCACAGUAAUUACAUAUACAUUUUAUACUUCGCAAGUACAGAUAUUAUAUACCAAAGCGUCGAGUUCAGGCCGACGAAAUACGCGAAUAUAUAGUGUCCGAGGACCAGUGAAAGCGGUCCACACGGUGUGUGUGCAACAGUCAAAUCGCUUCGCUAGUGAUUUUUUUUUUUUUAAUAUUUUGAAAUUUUUUCGUUUGGUCUUUCUGGAUCCCCGACCGCGGACGUAAAGCAGACGACGACCGCGACCGCGCGCCAAAGCGCCGAAGCUUUUCAUUUCUAAAAAACAGCGUCUUUCGUCCUCGUCGAAACUUUCUUUCGUUCGCCGCCGAAUCACUCGUCCUGUGUUUUGUUUUUCGCGUCAACAACGAGGAGUACUACGAUUCCUGUCGUUUCGGAUUUCGUUCCCGUUUCACCGCGGCCAAAGUCUAACGACCUGGCGACGACAGCGGUGCCCGUUUAUCCCGGAUGACCGGCGACCACGGAAGACGUCUGUAACGCGCCCGCAACCCCAACACCCACCACCCGCGGGUCCGGCCUCGAAUUGCCGCCAUGGUAAUACUAUCGACAUGGAGUUUCAUCAGCAUCACAGCAUUCGCGUCGCAAAUAUUUGCCAACACGUUACACGAGCACAUGGACGUGGAUGGCCUGAGGACCUUAUUUCACGUGGAACAUCAUUCAGAAGUGCCCGUUUACGAGGUCAUCAGUCUGCACUCGAUCGCCAAACGGGAUGCGGACGGCGCGCACAAGGUUCGACUGAAGGCAUUCGGAGAACACCACGACUUGCAGCUGGAGCCGUCGGAUCGCCUUUUUGCGGGCGACAAGUUGCGUGCUUGGACAGCACAUCACAACUCCACCACGGACACGGUGCACUACACCGAACUACCGAACGACGAACACAUCGGAGUGCCGUAUCAGGACGUCGGUAAACGGGCGGCGGUCAUCUUACACAACGACCACGAGGACGGAACGAUUCUUAUGGAGGGUACCAUUGGAGAUCAUUUGGUGGUGAAGCCCGUCCCAGCCGUGUACAGAAGACACGUACAGUCUUCGACCCCCGACGACGAGAUGUUCAUGGACCAAGAGCUCCGAGACGGCGACAACGAGGUGUCCAACCAGGGUUUCCCUCUGAAGUCACAAAAGUUCGUGGCGCAUCACAAACACGUGGUGUACAGGAGGAAUCCCGAAUCUGACCGGACUGCCGGAGAUUACGCGCUAAUGGAACCAGACGCGUUGCCGAGGAGCAGGCGGAAAAGAUCGAUCGCCAAGCGGGAAGCGCCAUACGCCAUUUACCCGGAAAUAAUGGUCAUCGUGGACUAUGACGGUUACAGGUUGCACGGGGGAGACAACGUACAGAUUAAACGUUACUUUGUGUCCUUUUGGAACGGUGUGGACCUCAGGUACAGACUACUCAAGGGCCCGAAAAUUCGUAUAAGCAUUGCUGGCAUCAUAAUUUCGCGGGCGAGAGACGCUACGCCAUAUUUGGAGAGGAAUAGGGUCGGUAGAGACGCCAUUGAUUCAGCGGCUGCACUCACAGACAUGGGUAAAUACCUGUUCAAAGAACGAAGACUGCCAGUAUACGAUAUCGCCGUAGCCGUCACCAAAUUAGACAUGUGCAGGCGACAAUACCCACACGAUACAUGCAACAGGGGUACCGCAGGAUUUGCGUACGUGGGAGGUGCUUGCGUAGUGAACAAACGUCUCGAGAAAGUCAAUAGCGUUGCGAUCAUCGAGGACACCGGUGGCUUUUCGGGCAUCAUCGUAGCGGCGCACGAAGUCGGUCACCUGUUGGGUGCGGUGCACGACGGUUCGCCGCCGCCGACCUACCUGGGUGGACCGGGAGCGGAGAAAUGUCGCUGGGAAGACGGAUACAUAAUGAGCGAUCUGCGGCAUACGGAAAAAGGAUUCCGGUGGUCGCCGUGCAGCGUGUCUUCUUUCCAUCAUUUCUUAAACGGUGACACGGCUACGUGUCUGUUCAAUUCGCCGCACGAAGACGAGUCACUACCCAGGAUGUUGCCAGGAAAACUGUUGACUCUGGACGCCCAGUGCAGAAAAGACCGAGGGACCAGCGCCUGUUUCAAAGAUGAUCGGGUGUGCGCUCAGCUGUUCUGCUUUGACGCCGGUUCGGGUUACUGCGUAGCGUACAGGCCCGCGGCCGAAGGAUCACCUUGCGGAGAUGGACAACAUUGCACCAACGGCAAGUGCAUAACGGAACACGAGAACAUAAUACCGGACUUUUCGCAAAACACACCGGCCUACCUGCGCCGGUCGGGAGACGAAGGGGAAGCAACUCAAGACUGGCCGCAGUAUUUGACUCCUAACGUCACGACACAGAGGUCAGUGUGGAAUGACUAUUGGAGGACAACCCAAAAGACUAUUGCCACCACCACCAGUACUAGUAACAACCUGCACCCCCGACUGCAAAACUUGUACGCUCCGAACCCUUACCAACAACCUCCACAGAUAACCACGACUAACGGUGACGCUCAUGACGCGCGAUUACCGACAUACAAACAAUUACUACUACAACAACAACUACAACUACAACAACAACACCAAAUUAAACAACAGCCACUAGGUAGCGGCGACAAAAACGAAGACCCUUUGGCCGCGUUGCUUAAAAACAAAUACUACCAUUCGGGGCCGCAAGAUUUGAAAACCGUCGAUCGACCACAGUCGUCGUCGUCCAAGAGUAACGGCGGUGGCCCGUACGCUGACGAGUGCGUGGACCGAGCCGGAGCCAUGGACAUGCUGGGAGCCGUGUCCUGUUACGACUACCUGACUAGGUACGGCAUGGGACACUGUUCGAACCCGUACAUCCGCGAAAACUGUUGCGCAGCUGUCAAGUACGUGUGCAACGGCGGCGGCCCGUCGCGACAACUGCAAUUGCAACAGUUCGGCUGAGUCAUCAAGUGCAAACGCGCAAUGCUCGACGCUCAGAUGCAGUCUGCAGUUUACCCGUUCCCGUCCCACCAGCCAGCCAGCCAGCCAACCCGCCCACACGUACCUAUCGUCAAGUUUUACGAUAUAUAUACAUAUUAUAUAUAGAGAAAAACAAAAAAAAAAACAAAAAAAAUCCAUAUACAAUCUCUGUGAGAUCAAUCUAUUAUUAAUAUUAUUAUUAUUAUUAUUAUUAUUAUUAUUAUUUAUGCCUCGUUAUACAUUUACAUUUUAUAAAUAAAUUCUUUUUGAAAAAAUUUUAAUAAAAACCACUUAUAAGUCAUAACUUUAAAGUUGUGUCGUGGACCAAUGCGCGGGCCAACAUCAUAACCGCAGCCAAACAAUAUACAUCACACACACACACACCGGAAUAUGAUAUUAUUAUUUAUUGCUACCAUAUUAUGUGUACUGUUUUUCUGUUUUAUUUUUAUCAUUAUUUAUUAGUUGAGGUGUGACUCAACGACAGACAAAUCUCUAUGAAAACCACACACAUUGUCCACAUAAUACUCAUUCUCGAUUGAGAGAUAUUUUUUAUUGUGAUACGCCGACCUAUAUGAUACUAUAUAACAACAUUAUGUAUUACGUUAUCGUGUUUUGGAAUCUUUUUUUAUCCGAUUCAAAUAAUAUUGUUCCUCGACAACUCUAGGAUAAAACUGGACUGAAAAAGAUUCCGAAACUACGACAUUUAUGUGAUUCAAAAUUUAUUUUUGUUUAUUUUUAUUUUUAUUUGUAAUUAUUGAGUGGGCAAAUACAACUUUUCUGCCUAUGAUAUUUUAUUUUUAACUGAUUAAGAUGUUGUUUAGUCUAAGUAUUUUAAGUAACAGGAAUGUACAUACAAAAAAUAUAUGAUGAAUAAGUUAAA